AUGGGUAAAAGUAGGCCUCGUAGAACAUCACUAAUACCUGACGAUAUUUUUGGAGAACAGGUGCAAAAAGCGCUUAGAAAACUAAAGAAAGCGACGACAGAAAGACUGUACAUUUCACUGAAAGAUGAACUCGAAGAUAUGACGAAGGAUGAGUUCAAAAUCAGACUAGAAUCCAUGUGGGACGCCGAUAUUAUCGAGGGAGAAGAGAAACGCGGUAAUUUUACAUUUUUCCCAAAGAAAGACGACGGGAGAAAAUCGUCAUCGGACUCGGCCGGGUCCGUGCAGCUGAAAACGCCAAAGAAAAAAGGACGACCUGCGAAAAAGCAAUCUUUGGCGGAUAAUAGCAAAAAUCGGUCUAUAACUGAGUGGGUGAAAGUAACGCCGAAAAAGCAGGAGUAUAAAGAGGAAAAUGGACAAGAUUCAUCAGAGGGAGAGGACUCAGAUGCUUCAAUUGAUGAAGAUGUUCAAAUCUUUGUGGACUCCAGGUUCGACGACGAUCAAGUUAUUCCAAAAAUCGAUCCUGCCAAUGUUGAGUACUUCAUCGAACGCCAAGGCGAUCCAAAAACGCUACCUCGCUCUCCUCAAAAAUCUGUCGCUGAGAAAAAGCCCGAAAUCACCCUUCUAAGUAAACGGAAUUGGGACACGACCGAUCCAGACGUCAUCCACUUCCGCUGCUACAUCAAACUCCUGCGCAAUAUCAUCCGACGAAUGAAAGAGGAAAACCAGCACGGAACAACCAUCAGUGCUAUUGACAAGUACAUUCAACAGAAUUUCUGGCUCGAGGGAGUCGAACUCGGUGAAUUCAAGAGCCAAUUGAGGCUGGCGAUCGGGAGGGGAGUUACUGCGAAUUUGCUUGUAAGAACGAGCCAUGAUUCCAACAAGUUUCACAGGAUCGAGCUCGGAAGCGAUGAUUCUGAAGAUGAAGAGGAGAGUGAAGAGAACUCUCAAGCAGCUCCACCAAUGCCAAUUUGCCUCAAUUGCUACGGCACCGCUCGAUACAACCUAAAAGCAAAGAUGGAGUAUCUGAUUUCCUGCCGAUCCUGUGGCAGCUCUUUCCAUCCUUCAUGCAUCCGUAUGACGCCAGAAUGCGCUAGCUGGUGCUACAAAAAUUCUUGGGAUUGCGACGAAUGUAAACUUUGUAGAAUCUGUAACGACCCGGUUGAAGGCGAAACAGGCCCGUACAGUGGGUCGGUUUGCUCGCAAUGUGAUGCAGCAGCUCAUUGGAAAUGCGAAAAAGUCGGGCCCAGCAAAAAGAUGAAAUAUCUCAACUGCUCGGAGCACAAGGAUUUCAAGCCGAAAAAGUUCGCCAAGAGUACUCAUAGCGUCCGAAGACCUUCGAUGAUCAAAUCUGAGGUGAUUUCAGAGACGACAGAAGAGCCAAAAGGUGUAGAAAAGGGCCUCCACGACGCAAUGAGCAAAUACUUUACUCCGAGCCCGGAAGGAAGAAAAACGAGAACAGCUCAAGGUCACGUGAAAGAACAAAAACAGCGAAAAGCAGCCUUAGAUCCUCAAGAACGUCCUUACAGACCAAUGAUUACCGCUGCGGAUCAGCGACUCUACCGACAAGUACGAUGUCAAGCAAUGGCUCAAAUGGGCGAAAUGGUGGCCGAGGAAGAUUUACUGACGAAACGAUGCCCCGCGAGAAUUCAGUUUGCGCAGUAUGAUAUUGUCACGUGGUAUUCAAGUCCGUACCCAGUCGAAUAUGCGAGGUUAAAUAAACUGUAUCUAUGCGAGUUCUGCUUGAAAUAUAUGAAGAGUAAAAAAGUAGCCGAGCGGCAUCGCACGCAGUGCAAAGAAUUCCACCCACCGGGGAAAGAAAUUUACAGACACGAAGGUCUCUCAGUUUUCGAAGUAGACGGGAAUGCCGCUAAGUUUUAUUGCCAGAACUUGUGUCUCCUUGUCAAGCUCUUUCUCGACCACAAAACGCUUUACUACGAUGUUGAACCUUUUCUGUUUUACGUGUUGACGAAGAACGAUGAAACUGGAUGUCAUCUUGUUGGUUAUUUCUCAAAGGAAAAGGCCUGUCAGCAGAGGUAUAAUGUUUCCUGCAUCAUGACUCUUCCACAAUACCAGCGAUCUGGAUAUGGCAGGUUUCUGAUUGACUUUUCUUAUCUUCUCUCCAGAAAAGAAGGACAGCAUGGUUCUCCCGAGAAGCCGCUUUCCGACCUGGGGCGAGUGAGUUACCACGCGUACUGGAAAUCCGUUGUGCUAGAAUACAUGUCAAACUUUGACUCCUCAACCCUCUCGGUCGUUACGAUUGCAGACUCAACCGGAAUGAGUCCACACGAUAUUGCAUCAACUCUCCAGCGGCUGGGCAUGCUUGAGCGUGAUCCAAAGACGAGGAAAUGGAAAAUUCACUCGCGACAAGAUCUCAUCGACGAGCACAAAGCUAAAGAAGCCAAAUCCAAUAGGCCUCGAUUGUGCGACGAAGCGUUGAAAUGGACCCCUCUAGGAAUUUCCGUCAUAGAAGAAGAAAAUUCAGAGGAUGAGGAGAAGAAAGAAUUAAGCGAUGUUCCGGAAGAGCAAGAAAAAGACGAUGAUCAAGAGGACAAGAAAAAGUCAGUAUUGGAGCAAUUGAAAGCAGAGGAAUCUGCCCAAUCGAGCAACCCGGAUCAGACGCCGAAAAUCAACAAGAAAAAGAGAAAACGGCGGACGAGGGAUUACGAUUGGAAUACAAAGAAGCGGAAAACAAGGAAAGCUACAAGUGAAAGCGAAGAUGAGCCAAAAGGAUCAAGAAAGUCCUCAGCGACUUCCUCGAGCAAAAUCACUGACGAUGAGGAGUCUAGGGACACCUUCAACGCAUUCGAUGAUGAUUCGAAUUCGAGAGAUCCUUCCUUUCAUACUUCUGCAACUCUUCCCCGCCGCCGCUUGUCCCGCCGAUCGAAGGAUCUUCACGCUGACGACUCCGACUAA